CAAUAUUCUCAUUUGUUGUGGGCUUUGUUUUACUUGGUUGCAUAUUUCUUAAGAAUAAAUUCUUCUUUUGCAGGAAGAAUCCUCCAAGAGAGGCACCCCACUCUUUUUUGGACACCUUGUGCAGCACAUGUCCUUGACCUUCUUUUGGAGGACAUAGGAAAACUUGAGUGGGUGACUCCAGUUGUGGAAGAUGCAAGGAGGAUCACCAAAUAUAUCUACAAUCACCCUUGGGUCCUAAAUUUGAUGAGACAACACACGCAAGGGAAAGAUUUGGUGAGAGCUGGUGUCACAAGGUUUGCAACGAUUUUCUUGACGUUGCAAAGCAUUCUUGCUGCAUUGACUUCUUUGAAACAAAUGUUUGUGAGUGGAGAAUGGCUUAACUCACCUUAUUCAAAGAAGCCUGAAGGAGAGGCUGUCGCAUGCAUAGUCUUCGACAACCAAUUUGCACAAAGGGCUGCAGAGAUUGUGAAGGUGUCAGAGCCCUUGGUUCGAGUUCUUCGCUUGGUGGAUGGGGAUAAAACCCCAAUGGGAUAUCUUUAUGAGGCCAUGGAUAGGGCCAAAGAGUCUAUCAAAAAUUACUACAAGGGGGAUAGGCUCAAAUUUGAUCCCAUUUGGGAAAUUGUUGAUAGGAGGUGGAACAAUCAGCUCCACCAACCCAUUCAUGCAGCAGGGUACUUCCUCAACCCUCGUUUUAGGUUCGGGGGUUCUUACUCAGAUUCGAAUGGAGAAGUCAUGGAGGGCCUCAGUACAUGCAUUGAGAGGAUGGUACCUGAUGUUGAGGAGAGAGACCUCAUUGUGAGUGAGCUCCAAAAUUAUGAGGGAGGAAGGGGUAAGCUAUUCUCUUCAGAGCUAGCUAGGAGAGGAAGAACCACUCAAACCCCAGGUAUAACAUUUGCCAUUUGGAUUUUGGGAUCUAAAGACUAAAAUGAUUGAUAAAUUAUGUUUUCUCUUUUCUCUUUGCUUUCUAA